AUGUGUCGACGAAAAGCAGCUUUGUGGGUUUGCCCGGAGGUUUAUCUGAAAGCAAGCAGAAGUGGGCCCCGGGCAGCUCAGUCGGACAUGCAGCCGCGAGCGAGAGGAUUCUGCAGCACGGACCUGGAAAUGGGGCAGAUUAACGUGAACCUGGGGGGUAUGGAGACUAUCGAGCAGGUGGAAAGCCUCCGCGUGGUUCUACAGAGCUAUGCUAACUGCGCUAACGUCCACGGUUACACCUGCUAG